AGUAAUCCACAAAUCCACGCCUUAACUACUUUAUACCAAUUUAAAUUGAAUUAAAUACCAAGAUUAUUUAUAUUUGCUCAUUUCUAAUUUGUUAAAACGCAUAAACCGUUAAAUGAACAUAGAGGAGAAAGUAAAAAAGUCUAUCCUUCUCUGAUUCCCACUUAAAGAUUCUGAUCUAACCUGAAAAGGAUUCUAAAACUCGAGGCCAAUCUGGUUAUUUGGAAGCUUCGUAAACUACGUUAACAUUCAAGAGAUAUGCCCUCUAAAAAGAAGAAAUACAACGCACGAUUUCCAGCGGGGAGAAUCAAGAAAAUAAUGCAAACUGAUGAGGAAGUUGGAAAAGUGGCCCAAGCUGUACCUAUUAUAAUUUCUAGAACUUUAGAACUGUUUGUGGAAUCACUUCUGACAAAAACAAUGCUGAUAACCGAAUCCCGGAACGCCAAGACACUAACGCCAUCACAUCUAAAACAAUGCAUACAAUCGGAGUCAAGAUUUGACUUUCUGAAAGAUCUUGUCAGAAACAUCCCAGAUGCCAGUGUGCAAGAAGAUAAUGAAAAUAAUGCUGAGUUUGUUGAAUCCACACAGACUGACACUUUCCCAGCACCAUGUCAACCAGUCAUUCAGCCUACUUUUUCCACAAAUCCUGCAACACCAGCACCCAGUGUCAUUGCUCGUACACCAGUUAUACAGUACCAGCCUAGCUUUAAAGCACCUUCUUCUGAUAUAAGCGACGUGUCAAAAGUGAGCGUUUCGGUGGCACCGCUGACACAAAACGAUGAACCAAAGAUUCACAUAGAAAUAGGACAUCCAGUUGGACCCGAUACAGCUCCGUCCAUUAACGUUGAUCCGCCACCGCUUGUGCCAAUCUCUGCCAGCAAUUAUUCAAACAGCAGUACCGGCGACAAUUUAUUUAUCGAUGAAGACUACGACAACUAGAACAAUAAUAUAAACGCACCACAUUUGCGUUUCUUUUACAAGUACAUGUGUACCUAUUUUUUAACAAUAAGAUUAUCUACCAUUAAGUAAUUCAUAUAUACAUAUUAAACAGUUCAAUUGUAUGUAGUUUUAAUUUGAUUUUUAAGUUCUCUAAAGAAAUGUUUCAUAGGCCUAUUUCAUUUAAUACUCAAAAUUUACUCUCCGGAAAUGUGUGCACAUUAGAACCUCAAUUUAAUUUGAACAAAUGUUAGCUCUAGGGAUCAUUCAUGUUUUCAUAUUUGUUACCACAGCAGUGAAAUAUACUUCAUCACUUAUUUAAAGCAAUUAGAAGCGCGAUAUUGUUUACUCUAGACAAUGAUAAUAAAUAAACACCUAUUUAUACAUGAAAA